GCUUUCACUCAUAUCGAGGCUAAAUCUUCAACAUGGCUGAGAAAGAAGUGAGUGCCGCUGAAGGUGCGAGUAAUAAUUCCUCAAAUACUGAAGUUGCUGCUACAGAUGGCGGGGAAAACAGCCAAGAGACACAGGCAGCACCCCAGCAACCCCAGGCAAAUGGCUGGAGCAUGGUGAAAGGGUUUUUCUUCCGCUGUCUCGUCAUUUAUUUCAUAAGCAGUCUUUUCCGUAGAGGUCAGCAACCACAAAUGACCACCACUCCUGAUGGAAAGUCAGUCCCAAUGCCUACCAAACUUGUGGCACAUAAUAUCUUUGAAAAAGGACAAAUGAUGGAUAUGUAUGUGUAUUUAUCUGAGGAUGAAACAUUCAAAGAUUUUGGUAAUCCAAAAGCUUUGUUUUGGUUGGAAGAAGAUUUGGAGUAUGGAGAUUGGACUUCUGGGGAAAACAAAGAUGGAACUUACACAAAGGAAGCAAGAAUUAAAACACCAGAAAGGGUAAUGAAUAAUGGUUCUUUAUAUCUCCAUACUUAUUUUGUGAAAAGAGGGAACUCACCCAACCCAAAAGAUAAGGAUACAUAUGAUAAAUGGUCCACUAUUUAUAAAAAGAAAAUGCUGAAUAAGUACAAGAAAAGAAAAUUCCAUUCACUGACAAAUUUGCUGACAGGACAAACAGAAGCACACCCAGAUCUCAUCCAGAAAGAGAAUGGUAGCAGCUUUGAGAUUUUGUCUCACUGGCAUCCCAACCUCACCAUUAACUUACUGGAGGAUUACACCCCCUGGACAGCAGGGGCAGUACCACAGCCACUGGAUGAAUUUGUAGAAUUCCUUCCUGAUGGUUCUAAAUACUUGCCAAUCCUGUACUACAAUGAUUACUGGAACUUGAACAGUGACUACCAGCCUAUCAACGACACAGUGAAGUACCUGAACAUCAGUCUCACCUACAGCCCUAUCACUCUGUUCAAGUGGCAGCUGUAUGCAGCACAGGGCAUGAGGAAUAAGUGGUACAGCAGUAUCCUGGGAGAUGACAUGGUGGGAGAGUCGGACGAGGAGCAAGACUCACUCAAGCGGACUUUCGUUGAGACAAACCCAUACCUUUUAGCGCUGACAUUUAUAGUGUCCAUUGUCCACAGUGUGUUUGAAUUCUUGGCCUUCAAAAAUGAUAUUCAGUUUUGGAAGAACAGAAAAUCCUUGGAAGGACUCUCUGUGCGUUCAGUGUUCUUCAACGUCUUUCAGUCACUGAUAGUGGUUUUGUAUGUACUUGAUAAUGAAACCAACACAAUAGUCAGGAUCAGUGUAUUCAUUGGGCUGCUUAUAGAGGUGUGGAAAAUACACAAGGUCAUGGACAUCAAGACAGACCAAGAGAACAGAGUAUUUGGCAUCUUUCCUCGAAUCUCCCUCCAAGACAAAUCGUCCUAUACAGAGUCCCACACAAAAGAGUAUGAUCAGAUGGCGUUCAAGUACUUGUCCUGGGCUCUGUAUCCCCUGCUAGGAGGGUAUGCUGUGUAUUCUCUCAUGUAUGUGGAACAGAAGGGGUGGUACUCCUGGGUGCUCAGUAUGUUGUAUGGAUUCUUACUCACAUUUGGUUUCAUUAUGAUGACCCCCCAGUUAUUCAUCAACUACAAGUUGAAGUCUGUUGCUCACCUGCCAUGGAGAAUGUUGACCUACAAGUUCCUCAAUACUUUUAUUGAUGACAUCUUUGCAUUUGUCAUUAAGAUGCCAACCUUGUAUCGUAUAGGAUGUUUUAGAGAUGAUAUAGUCUUCUUGAUAUUUAUCUACCAAAGAUGGAUCUAUAGAGUUGAUCCAUCCAGAGUGAAUGAGUUUGGGACUUCUGGAGAAAUGGAGGAGACUGGUGCAAUAGGAGCUAAUGGUGAUGCUCUACCAGCUGUAGAAGAUGGAGAGCCUAAGACCGAGGAGGACAAGAAAAGAGAUUAGGACGAACAGUUCACCAGACCGGAUGUGAAAAAUGCUGUCAAGUUGUGGUACUGAAUUACAUCUUAGCCUGAAGUUGUAUGCCACUGGACUGUUCUCACUUGGUGUAUUCUCAAUAGGUUCCCAUGGACCAUAGGUUCAGAACCUUAAUGUAGUGAAUGUUGUACUAACAGAUAUGACUAAUGAAAAUGGAAAAAAAACUUGGCUGCUUUUUGUGGACAAAUCAUUGAUAUGGUGAAGAAUUGCCACAGUGACCCCAAAUUUAAGACAAUAAUGUCAUGUAUGUCAACAAAUCACCACGGUUCCUCUUUUGGCUGUGGUGUUCAGUAUGCAAAAUGCAUAAACAUCAUCUUUUACAAAAUCACCAAAGACAAUACUUUUCUCUAUUAAUAUACCUUUAAAAACAAUGUUUGGAUCUGUAAAAUGAAGAUGCAUCUUUUUUUUUUCUCUCUAAGAUGAAGUGCAAAUUAGUAAGUAGUCUUCAACAAUUUUUAUAAUUAAUUGGUUCUUGAUAUAUAUAUCAUGGUAUGUAAUUUUAGGUAGUCUCUGUGGACAAUAAAAUAUAAAAAUACA